UCAGCCUGUGGUACAAGGAGCCCAUAGGUGAGCUGGCUUGGCUUGACCAAGGUGUCAAAGGAGUCUUUGUGUUAGUUAACAGUUGCCAUCAUGUGGCCCCCCAUGGAUUGAAAAUGAUUUGCCUUUUAAAUAAUUGAGUUUUCUUUUGUUGACUGAGAAAGUCUCUACUCCAUUUGCAGCAGCCAGCCAAAGAAUUGGAAGUGGUAAGGAGGUGCUCAGCUAUGGCUUCUUCCUUGUUCUCUUUGCUUGUAUCGGCCGUCACGAAGCUCACCAGGUUCGUUGAAGGAGCAAACUUCACUUCACUGCUACCAUCUUCGUCUUCUAAUCCAUUUGCCACUCUCCAAGAAGAUCUGAAACAUCUAAAGAGGACGCUGCUGCGAAUACAUGCCACUCUUGCUGAUGUAGAGGAGAGGGAGAUCAGAGACAGUUCGGUGAAGCUCUGGCUGCAUGAGAUCAAAGCCGUGGCUUAUGAUGCUGAUGAUAUCCUCGAUGAAUAUCACUACGAGCUGCUGCGGCGCCAAGUUGAAGGCAAGCCUAGUCCAGUGAUUCGGAAAAGAAAAAUGGGUGAGAUACAUGAUCUUUCAUUUCCAGCUGGCUUAUCUGGUAGAAUUAAUGAAGUCAGGAUGAGGUUGGAUGAGAUAGCGAAGGACAGGGAUGCGCUUCAUUUGAGGGAGGAAGACGGCGAGAGACGGUUGAACGAUGCUUGUUGGAAGCUGAUACCGACGAGUUCAUUGGUAGAUGAUUCACGAGUUUAUGGGAGGGAUAUUGAUAAGAAGAACAUCAUUCAACUGUUGCUGUCCGAUGGUCAGCCAAAGGUCGAUGUAAUUCCCAUAGUUGGACCUGGAGGUGUCGGCAAGACGACCCUUGCUCAGCUUGUCUACAAUGAUCCAAUGGUUCGCUGCCAUUUUCACUUGUAUGCUUGGAUAUGUACAUCGCAAAGCUUUGAUGUCUUGAAGAUAACACAAACAAUUGUCAAAUCUGUAACUAAGAGUUCUUGCGAUAGCGCUGAACUUGAUGAUCUUCAUCAUAGUUUAAAGAAGGCAUUAAAAAAUAAGAAAUUCUUGCUUGUGUUGGAUGAUGUUUGGAAUGAGCAGCAAAGCCUAUGGGAAUUGCUUUGCAUCCCAUUUAGCAAAUCGAUGUCCAGUAAAAUCAUUGUAACUACGAGGAAUGAGUCCACUGCUAGGAUAAUGCAUGCAGUAACCCCCUACCGAUUGGGGUUGUUAACCGAGAAAGAUUGUUGGUUGGUAUUCAAGAGAUAUGCUUUUGAACAUCAACCUCAAUUCAUGUCGAUUUCUAGUGGAGAAUUAACCGAUAUGGGUUAUGAGAUCGCAAGGAGGUGCGAAGGCCUGCCAUUGGCUGCAAAGACAUUAGGAAGCCUCCUGCGCUUGGAAACUGAUGAAGAGAUGUGGAGGGAAGUCUUACAGAGCGAAUUUUGGGUAGUACUAAACGAGGAAAGGAAUGAGAUUUUGCCGGCCCUAAUGCUUAGCUAUCAUCGAAUGCCUUCUCAUUUGAGGCAAUGCUUUACAUACACUUCAGCAUUCCCGAAAGGUUAUUUGUUUGAGAAACCCUAUAUAGUGAAGUUGUGGAUGGCACAAGGGUAUAUUGUACAUAAUGGAAGAAAUUCAUCGCCAGAAGAAGUAGGUGGCACCUACUUUGAUGAGUUGCUGCAAAGAUCUAUGUUUCAGCAUUCACAAUCUCUUGAUACUACUAAAGAUGGUUGGUUUUGUAUGCACGAACUUAUCCAUGAUCUUGCUAAAUCCAUAUCGGGCCGUGAAUGUAUUACAGCACAUGAUAGCAGGUCCCUUGAUGUCGAUGAAGAUACCCUUCAUGCUUCAUUAGUUCCAACAGAUGGACAAAACAUCAUCGAAUUUCAGACCUUGAACGAGCCUAAAAGGUUGCGCACCUUCCUCAUACUCAAGUUGAAACAAAUGCAAGUGCUGCAAGUCGAGAUGCCAGAGUUUCUUCUCCAGAACUUGAAAUGUUUAAGAACAAUAGAUUUGAGCUACACUAUGCUUGAAGUGCUACCAGACUCAAUUGGUGAGCUAAAACAUCUUCGCUAUCUUGGCCUUCGAGAAACGAACAUUCGAGUUCUACCAGAAUCAUUGUGCAGUCUUUACAAUCUGCAGGUAUUGGACUUGAGUCAUUGCAUGAGCAUUCUUGAGUUACCUCAAGGUAUAGGAAAUCUUGUUAGCCUAAGACACUUGAGCCUACCGGUGAUGGAAGAUUCACAUAUUUGCAUGCCAACUGGAUUGGGAAAUCUGACCAAUCUUCGAAGUUUAUCAGCAUUCUAUAUUGGGGGAAACAAAUGGCACUGUGGGAUAGGAGAGCUGACUGGAUUGGUCGAUCUUAGAGAGUUGCGCAUAUUGGGCCUCGAAAGAGUUACCGAGUCAGACAAUGCAGAUUUGACGAAGAUGAAAAACUUGGAGAAACUGACAAUAUUUUGGUCUUAUGGUAGCUGCACAGCAUCUGACGAUUGUUCUCGCAUAAGAGUUCAAUACAACUGUACUAACUGGCGAAGAACUACAAUAGACAUUCAGAAAUUGGAUGCAGCCUAUGUGCUCGAGAACCUCCAACUUCAUACCACCCUCAAAGAGCUGGCUCUAAACGGUUAUAACGGCACAAGACUACCAAGUUGGCUAGGUGAUCCUUCCUUCUCAAAAUUAACAUCCAUUAGACUCGAUCUCGGCGACGACAAAUGCACCUUCCUUCCGCCGCUUGGUCGCCUUCCAUCUCUAAAGCAUCUAUUCGUAGGAGGGAUGCAGAGAAUGCAAUGCAUUGGCCGCGAGUUUUGCGGAUGCUGCUCAGCUUCCGCUGGGGGGUUUCGAGCACUAGAGACGUUAGAGCUGACGGAGAUGCGGGCAUUGGAGGAGUGGCGUGAGGUGCAUAUCAAUGACUUCCCUCGCCUCGAUGAACUUGCAAUCAGCACCUGCCCUAAGCUGUAUCGGCUACCCGAUUGUCUUUCUUCGUUGGCUAAGCUCGAGAUAAAUGACUGUAAGGUUCUAACCACAUUUCCUAAGCUUCCAUCUCUAACCGGCUUGAAGUUGUGGGGGAGCUGUAACUGGCACAUAUGGUCAGUAAGUUUAGACCUCCCUAAUCUUGAGUACUUGCAGAUAUCCAAUUAUGACAGACCAACUCUUGAUUUUUACCCCAACCUGCCGGCGCUCAAAGUAUUGACAAUUGAGUGUUGCAAGAAUCUAGAAAAGGCCGCAGGCUCGCACCAUCUGAUCUCUCUUCAAUCCUUGGAGAUAUAUUCAUGUCCCAAGUUCCAGGGACUGACAGACAAGCAUUUACACCCUCAAUUUGCUGUUUUUUUAGGGCUCGGUGAAUCGAAACCUCCGCUGCCAUAUUCAAAGGCUAGAGACCGUCCUCUCGCAAGAUUGAUGCAGAAAGAAGAUUUCAAUAGUCACCAGGAGCGAAUCUCUCAAUUUAACCUUUUUCCUCCUCAUUUAUUUAAAUGAGACGAUCUUGCAAUUCCAAAUAGUUAGGAAAACACAUUGCGUGGCUAAGCUAUGCAGUUUGUGUUUAGUGCUCCCUCGGUAAUUUACGUAGAAUCAAAUGGCAAACUGUUUGUUUCAAGAAAUUCUCAGGAGUUCAUAAAUUCCGAGCAAUACUAAAGCAAAUGGUCGGAAAGAAAGGGACUUAUAAUCUUUGUCAUGAUCAUAACAUCUAUAAUGACUAGAUGCAUUUUUCUCUACAAAAUAUGAAAAUUAUGUAAAAUA